GUUGACACUGUACGCAAUCUAUUACUUCCCAUUUAUAAUUGCUCAUAGGCUAUUUUAAAUCAACUUAUAAAAACUACAAAUUCCAUUUUUUGUUUGCUGUUAACGACAAUAACGACAAUCACUAUGUUUAAUAGCGUGUCGAAUCUAUUAUUCGUUACUCAGUCCUGUCACUUUGAUUCAGCAUUCAUAGUAUAAGAAGGGAAUACUCCAGAUAUCAGGCACCAGUUUACUUGUUUCACUGAAACCGAAUAGCCAAAAUGGUUUUCUUCGCGGUAUUAUUUGCUUGCCUUGUCCUGUGCAGCAGUCAUCCAAUAUUACCGUUAGUGGUUCCAGCGGCUCAUACACUGCAUUCACCUAUUAUAGCGCCAUAUUCACAGCAGAGUUAUAUUGGACAGGGUCUGCUGGGUCAAACUUUGUGGGCCAAACCGCUCGGACAUCAUAUUCUGAAAAGAUCUCCACAUUUAGUGGCCCCAUUGGCUCACGGCGCGCUGGGUCUUGGCCCCGUUGCUCCGAUCGGGCAUGUAGCUUCUGUAGCUCAUAUCGCACCAGUUGCCGUCUCUCAGCAGUCUCGCUUAGAUGUCCGGACAUCACCAGCAGUAGUCGCUGCACCAGUUGUUCCUGUCGUGAAACCUAUAGCCCCUGUGUUAGCUGCACCUCUUCUUCAAAAAGCAUUGGUUGCGGCACCUUUGCAUUAUGGAGUUGGACAUGGACUUUAUGGAGCAGGAUUAGGACAUUACGGAUAUGGACAUGCAGCUGCUCUUUCACAUUUGGGCCAUUAUUAGUUUUGGAGACGUUGUAAUGUGCAUGUUUAUAGCCUAGCUCUUUUGGUUUUGUGAUUAUUAUUGUAUAAAGUAGAGUUUAGAUGUUGUAAAGAAUA